AAUAAAAUUUUGUCUGUUUACAAAAGAUGUGGGUUUUUCCGAUCAAGCGUCUAAGCGUCUCGUUGCAUUGAUUAUGAGUGAUAGACCAAUCGUCUGUUUGAAGUCCGGUCCCAGACCUGUCAACUGGAACACACCCCGCCACCCGAAAGUGAGAAGUCACAGGGAUAUACAUAUGUGCAGUGUCUAUGCGGCUGUCCCGCAGACUCGCGGGAAAGGGGAGACGUGUGUUGCGGCUAAUGGUGUGUGUUCAAAGGCCGCGGAUUGCACCGGCUGGGUAGACAUCUUUGACGUUAGCUGUGGGCACAAUGUCUGCUGCCUGUCGGCGCCUUCGACACUCCACCCGGAACCACCAAGUCCAAACAACGACACGUGCGGGCUGAUCACACGAGUACCUGAUCGGAACCCCUUUGCCCGGAUAGUGGGCGGUAAUGAGGCUGUAGAGGGGGAAUGGCCCUGGCAGGUGGCCUUCCUUGACGCUGCGGGGGAUUACUUUUGCGGAGGCACCCUCAUCACGCCAGAGUUUGUACUGACGGCGGCACACUGCUUUGUCAGACACUCAGAGGUGGGGACGCGGGUUGUCCUUGGCGAACAUCACCUGAUGCACAACACAGGAAAUGAGGUCAUACGUAACAUCAAAACCAUUGUCAAGCACUCCAAGUACGUCCCGACGUCACAUAUGGACGACGUUGCGUUCGUCCAGCUAGAUUCUCCUGUUGAUGUUUCCGGUCAUUAUGUAAGAACGGCCUGCUUUGGAUCACGUGACUACACGUGGACGCCGGCGGAUAAAUGCUACGCGUCCGGAUGGGGCUAUACAAAUGACUAUCAGGCGGACGGCCACCACUUGCGGCACGUGCAGGUCACGUUGGUUGACACCGCCACGUGUGCGACCGCUUGGGGGACCAAUGCCAACGUCACCGCCAACAACGUCUGCGCGGGAAACGGACUGUACGGGACUUGCCAGGGUGAUUCUGGAGGCCCUCUGGUUUGUUUAAGAGACGGUCAAUAUCACGUGAUCGGUGUGACGUCAUUUGGCUAUUACACGUGCUCCAUGGCGGGUUACCCAGAUGUGUUCACGCGCGUGACGGCCUAUCUUGACUGGAUUACUUCUUACAUGCUCCUUAUGAUGGCCGUGUCUUAGAUACUGUUAUUAAGACAUAGUUAUGUUUCAAUGAAUUUUAAUAUUAAAAUUAUUGCAUUGCAGAAAACGUACCUGUUAAAUCUAACAUUUUGAGCCUAUAUAGGCAAUUUUUCAAUUUUUAAAGCAAACGAAACACAGUUGUGCAAUAAUGUCAUGUGAACAUAAAUAAAAGUUUCAUUUUGGAAA